AUGAAGUCCCCUCGCCUCGACGAAGUUAAAGCCAAGCGAGACAUGGAGAGAAGCUCCCCGGAGAAGAAAAAUUCCCCCAUCAAGGACCCCCUGCCCUUCAAGCCCCCUGUCGAGAAGGUGCGCACCGUAUUGUUCCCCUGCGACCCCGCCCUCGGAGAGGCCCGCGACAAGGAGAACAAGACCGUCAAGGCGCGCGAAGGCAUCUUUGACAAGGCGCUAGAGGACAGCGGCUACUUGUCUUUGCAAAGCAGUCAAAUCGACGAAGGCGACCACCACUGUCACGGAAGAUUCCCCUCGACGUCCCUGCUACGUCCCCCCGUAACUCCUAAAAAGUCCGCUCUGUGUCAAGACGGGGCCGUUUCAGGAUGCCGGGCGAGCGUUUUAGUCACGUCCACGCCCGUGGACAAGCAGAAAGCACUCGCGUCCUUCCCCAAUCUUCCCAUCAUCAAGUUCCAGGAAGCCGUUUGUCAGGAGCUCGCCAAAAGUUACAGCGAGAAUAAGAGGUACGACUGGAGCGUCAUCUCCAGGGUGGCCAAGGAUCAUCCGCUUCACCAGGUAAUCGGCCGCAGCAUGGGCCUGGAGUUCAUCGACAUCUUCUCCAGGCUCCUGUCCAAGAACAUGUUGUGCAUCCUGUCCAACAUCUUGGCCCUGCUGGGAGACACGGACCUCAUCAGUUGCAAGAAGGUCAGCAGGACGUGGAGGAGGAUCAUACGUGAAGAUAGCGCCGCCACGAGAAGAUGUCGGCAUGCUGAACAAGUGCUUCAGGAGUCAUUAAUCUCUCUGAGGCAAAAGAACAGCGGUCUGACAAGAGACGCAGUGGCGUCCCGGUUGGUGAUGUCUCGCAUCCAGAGAAUGGCAUCUCCUCACCGCCCCUCCUCCACCAACAGCCAAACCACACCCUUGCAAAAAACCGACAAAUCUCGCUUCAACGAAUUCUUGCAGGCCGCCAGCACCCUGAAGAGUCACGAGUCCCUGAAACGGUGCACGCACUGCGGCUCGCCCGCCGUUCACUCGCCCGAGCUCCGGCAAGCCGCGUGCACCAGGAGCUCCUGCCAGUUCUUAUUCUGUACAAAGUGCCACGAGGCCUACCACGGCGCCAAACCGUGCAGAGCGGUGCCUUCCCGUUCGGCCCAGGGCAAGUCCGUCGCCCUCCUCCCCUGCAGCGCGCAAAGCAAGAAAAACAUUAGGAGGUUGUGA